AUGCCGAGAUAUCCGGAUGUUCGAUCCAACGUCGUCUUCGUCGUCAAAAUCAAAUUGAAUGAACACUUCGCAGUAAAACAACAUGUAAUCGGAACCAAAAAAAUGCCGAUAUAUCCGGAUAUCGAACCUACGUCGUCCUCGAGCAUACGUGCAUU